UGUCGCUGGAUGGCGCGACCGGCGGCGUCAACAUGGCUGCGCUCAUCCAGGUAGUUGCUCGCCAAGCUCAGUUAACUUUUGCCCGUGGCUACCUUGCUGACGAAACAUUCCGCGAUUGCCUUGGUCGACUGCAGAGGACAAUCGGUCAUGUCACGUGCAAGGACGUUAAUUUGGACGAAAAGCUUCUGCAUGCACUGUCGAAGGCUACCAACGGCGGCAGCGCAGCACCUGUUACGUAUAUCUCCCUCUACGAGAGCCGGGCAUUUAGCAUGAGUAUCUUUAUCAUACGGCGCGGGGAGCGUAUACCGCUGCACGAUCACCCCGGGAUGUUUGGUGUUCUCAAAGUGCUACACGGGUCCGGAACUAUAUGCAGUUACAGCGCACAGAGGCCGCACAGCGGUGACGAAGCAGUGCUCGAAGCGCAGCGCCACCCGGAUCUGACCGUGGCCCCGGACAGUGCGCCCUGCUGCCUGACGCCGAGCGAACGCAAUUUGCACGAGAUCCGGGCCUUGGACGGGCCGCUUGCUUUCCUUGACAUUCUCGCACCGCCGUACGACGGCGUCGAGCGUGACUGCCACUACUACAGCGUGGCUCUGCCGCCUGCAGACGAGACAACUUCUUCCGUGCACCUGCGUCGGGUGCCGCCGCCGCGCGAUUUUUGGUGCAAUUCGGCGCCCUAUCGUGGACCUCCCAUCGGCCCCCAACUAUAAGCUGCACAGUAAAUGGGGACUUGAGUGUCGGGCUGCGCCUCCGCACGAGUGGAAUAGACCGCGCAUCGUUUUGGUGCGAGAUGGCGUGUCUGUCGGUUGCGGCGUUGCGCACAUGGACGUGCACGCCUCGACUCUCUGUGUGAGCAGUGGUGGUGGAAUCGAAGCGAGUACCUUUCGGCAUGCCGCAGCAACGCCCGCCCCUCCUUAUUCACCAUGUCCUUCGCGCUGUGCUCGCAUCUAGUACAGACAUAGCCUUCUUUACGGAACAUUGCACACGAACUUUUUUAGCUCCUUUUAUUUAGCGGUCAUUGCACUGCACGGGCUUUCUUUCAUAUGAAUUAUGUCGCCGCAGCAUCUGUGCGCUACCGCGGUGCAGACCUUUAUAGCUAGUAGCAUUUCAGUUGUAAAUUAAUCGUAUAGUUUUACAGGUUGCGUUGACCUUCCUUCGCCAUGGGGAACCAUUUUCGGUAGGUCCCGAGCUCUGUUUGGCGAAAGUGUUCUGUGAUCUGUUGGUGUUUCAAUCCUCAUUGUAUAUUCAGUUAGGUUGCCAGUAUUUAACCGUAAGUUAGCUCUGAUCACUUUAAUUUGUACGGUCGAGAACUUAACCACUCGUUCGUUGCCAACUUGGUGCCAUUAAGGUCAGAUCCAACAGGCAAACUUCUUUUGAUUUCAGAUUUUUCUUGCUACCUUUAGAAAGCAAAAGUCGUUAGCGUUUUUCUUGGUUGUGGAAGAGGCUAGGUAAAGAAAAGGUGCCUCCAGUACUUUCAUUCCAUGCUCAGGUAAAAACAUGAAGCUUCAUUUGCUUUUUUUUUUUCUUUUUGUCUGGCACGACGGCUAGUGAGCCACUUGACAUCCGUUGCCUUGAUUUAAUAAAACAGUUUGAAAACUGAA